AUGGAGGCAGUCGAAGGAAUAGAUUAUCCGAAUACUCUCACUGGGGAUGGGAUCCUUCCUCAGGAGCUUGGUCAGGCCCUACAAGCUGCAACUCUUCAAGAUGAAUGGGAGACGCCUCCUACUGUUGUCCAGGAGAAGGUCGAAGAUAAAGUGGAAGAAAAAGCUGACCCAGCAGAAACGAAGGAGAAGCCUAAACCGUUGACUGAGAAGCAGAAGAAAAGGCUUCGCAUGAAGGAGAAGUACAGAAACAUGCCUAAAAGCAAGAGUCAUGGACAGCCAAAACCUACAGGUUUCGAAGAAUCCUUCACUGAAGUGCCCAUCACACCCGACGAGCAUGAGUACGAGAGGGACAUCUACAAUAGUGACCGUCCCGUCAUCUUUCGCAUACAAGAGGCACUCAACAGGUACCAGAAAAAGCGCCGACUCCUUACGGAGCGCAUGCAGGCAUUUUCUCUAUACCUCAGGUAUGGCGGUGUUGAGGUUGGCGCAAAAAUGUUCGGAGGUGUAUCGGAAAUGGAGAUGAAGGCAAUGGAAAAAGAGGAAAUUAUUGUUGCUCGCUCCCAAACUGACAUCAGCAUUGACAAAAUGAGAUUGGAUGUCGAUUUUGAGCUUGUCACCAAGGCCUUUCUAUCAUUCUAUCUCCCGGAAAUUUACAGGCCAGAAGGUAUCCAGGGUAUCAAGUUGGCAACUGAUACCAUCAGAAAUUGGCUCAACUACCUCCUCUAUCAUGAUGUCGUCCCUGAAUACAGCGACAACAUCAAGUCGGCUCGAAAGUAUUGCAACAUCGCAGAGAAGCAGCUUUGGGAUAAUCAGCUCCUCCUUAAGGGUGCUCCUGGAGACUUCAACAAAGCUUGUUCGUUUCUCUUUGGCGGCUACCAUUACAAUGAUACUGGCUCCGAGCAAUCUAAUGAAUGGGUGGAAGAUGGUAUCCCACGAACCCGAUCCAUGACACCGACAGUGGCCCAGAAAAUUGUAAUGUUUGCUCUUGCGGCCAGUGGCACAGAUGAGCAAUCUUCCUCGUUCAGCGACCUUGCGAUGAGAGGAGAGCUUUCCGCGGAUGGCAUUCAAGACAUUGAUGGAUUUGAAGUAGUUGAUAUCCUUCUCCCUCACGAAGGAAUACGUGACUUCUACAACACCCACGCACCAGAUCUAAAUUUUGUAGGCAAAGUGCGUGCAAAGGCGUGGCGUGAUCCCAACAUGGCACCGAUCGAUCUGGCACCUGGUGAGACUUUGGAGGACAUUCGCGGAAUGGAGUUUGAAUUCUUCCUCGAGGAGCACCUUCUCCAGCACUGCCAUCGGGGCAUGAAGGUGGCAACGUGUGUUUACAAGCUGAAUUGCGGAGUGUUCUUCUUCGACGAGAUUUUCAGUGCCUAUUGUUCGUUUUUCACUCCGUGUUUGAAUGACCUGAUGAUGGGCUGGAGGACUCCUCGUGAUCGUACUAAGAAGAUCGACAAAGAUGAAGAGGUUGACGGCGUGGAAGAUGUACUAAGCGACAAUGAUGAACUGAGCGAACUGAGCUACGAUGAGUAA